AACACUGCAGUCGAGAAUUGAGAAACAGAGAGAGACAGCGAUGCUUUGCCAGGAAAACACUGUUCACUAUUGUAGUUGGACAUUUGUAGUUGGUGGAGUGCUUUACCUCCUGCGGCAAAUUACCACGCACAUGCCAUAUGGACGUUAUGUGGACACAAAAUCCCCCGGGAUGAUGGUCCCAGCCAAGGCAGGAUGGUUCAUUCAGGAACUUCCAUCAUUCCUUGUUCCUGUGCUGUUGUUUUUGAUGACAGAAAGUUUGCCGGGGAUAGGAAGACAUUUACUGCUCUGGACCUUUUGCUUGCACUACUUUCAGAGGACUUUUGUGUACUCCUUGCUGACUAAAGGCAGGCCGUCUCCUCUGCACAUUGUGGUGAGUGCAGUGAGCUUCUGCUCUGUGAACGGAUUUCUGCAGGGUCACUACAUGCUCCACUGCUCUCAGUACCACAGCGAAUGGCACAGAGACACACGUCUCAUCACUGGUUUGUUGAUGUUUUUCAUUGGAAUGGCCAUCAAUAUCCACAGCGACUAUAUUUUACGAAACCUGAGGAAACCAGGAGAGGUCAGCUAUAAAAUCCCUAGAGGAGGAAUGUUUGAGCUGGUGUCUGGUGCUAACUUCUUUGGGGAGAUUGUUGAAUGGUGUGGAUACGCUGUGGCCAGCUGGUCCUUUCCUGCUUUCUCCUUUGCUCUAUUCACUAUCUGCUCCAUUGGGCCUCGAGCCUACCACCAUCACAGGUAUUACUUGGAGAAAUUUAAAGAUUACCCCAAAUCAAGAAAGGCUGUAAUCCCUUUCCUGCUAUAAUAAAGUCUGACAUUUGGAAAAACACCAACAUCUCCAGCCACAGAAACAAGAUUAAACACUGCGUUAAUUAAGAAAGAAACCGCAAGUGAUGAUCUUGUUACUGCAAGUUCUGCUCACACCCACAUCCCAGACAAGGAAACAUUUCACAGACUAGAUAAGCUGAACUAAAUACAUCCCUAAACCAAACAUGCUAAAGAAGACUCAUGAGUUGAACAUCUGUACAAAC